ACAGACAUGUUUUCCUAUGUUCAUUUGGUAGAGGCGUUUACGAGUAAAAGCCUCGCUCUUCAAGGAUACCCAUUGGCGUUGUAUAGUAUGAGCUUUUGUUUUUGUUUUACUCAAGCGCAGUUUUGUCAUUGUCUGGAGAUUACUGGAUACCACACGUACUUUUAGUCACCAUUGGUCGGGCAUUAUGGAUUGUCUU